UAUUCCUUGUCGCUUGUAGAGAAACGUACACCGUUUAGUGCAAGUUUCGUGCAGAAAAAUGGUGAAAUUAUUUUGUAAAUGUCUAAAUAUUUGUAUAAAUACUCAAGGAAGCGACCUGAAGAAGCUGAAUGGCGAAUCUUUUAUAACAGGCAACAUAACAGAUGAUUUCUUUACGGGAGAAAUUUACGAAGUACAACUUGCAGUUGGCGGAAUCAACAAGGAGAAUGCGAUAUUGAUGAGAGAACGUCAAAUUGAGGACUGGAUUGUGUUCAAAUGUUUAGGCUGUAAAACUGAAGCAUUUGCCUUACAUUCAUUUAAACGGGAACAACGAGUUUUAGUCAGCUCAAAGAUUCAGAGUGAUGUAGAAAAUAUCACUGUGUUAAUGAAAAGUGAAAAUUUGUCUCCUGCUUUUAAAAUCAUAUUAAAACCAGCAAGUGAAGAAGAGGAAAGUUCAGGAAGUGGUUUCAGCAGUGAAAGUAUAACUAAAGCUGGAACGAAAAUACAGGAACAUGUCAGGAGAUUUCUAAAAUUUGAAGAAGACGCCAUGUUGGAAAGAAUACGAAAAUAUACCGAAGAACAGAAAAAACGUUAUGCUGCAGUACAAUCCCGGGCUCAUAACGAUAAAAGAGCUGUUUUAAGCAUUUUAAGACAAGCUGCUGAGAGUAAGGUUCAGGAAAGUUUAUCAGAUGCAAUGGCUGAUCUAGAACUUGAUUCUGAUGUGCCAGAUGAAAGACCUCUCAAUAGAACUGAUUUCGUGGAUAGUUCAUCAGAUAUUAGGAUAGUUCAAACACCUAGCAUUAGUACGUCUUGGAACAGCAGAGAAAAAUCGAAUGAAAUAGACAAUGGUCAUCUUGAUCCAUUGUUUCAUAGUACAAAUGAACAUUUCCAACCGUUUGUCGAGUCUGAUGAAGAAUCCAGUGAUAACAGCUUCAAUCAAACAGAUAUGCAGGAGGUUUACGAGAAAUCUACAAACAAGAUGCGAUAUUCAUCGUCGGUACCCGUCAAUGUCCCGUUAAUGGACAGAUCUAGAUUUGGGCUGAGGGAAAGAUUACUGCACAAUGAAGACUACGAAGAGAUGCCCUCGCCUGACAAAAUAGCGGAAUCCAUUCAAGCAUUGGCAAGAAGUGUCCAUGAUUCCAGAGAUAUAUUUGGAGAACUACCUCGACCAAGAAAAAAUACGUUACCUGUGACGUUUCAUUAAAAUCUCUUCAAAAUUUAAUAUAUUUAUAAAAUAAAUGCUUAAUUACU